UUGAGUUGCUGUAAAUCAGUGCGUUUAGAGUCGACUGUGCUUUCGAGCGCUGAUACAAAACCUACGCCGGUUUACACGUUUUUCGAGGCCUCCGAAGACUUCAUUGAGUUCCUUUCAGGGCGUAUUGGAAUGCACGAAAUACUGUUGCAUGAGGACACUUCAAACGUUGAGAUAAAGUUGGAGCCAGGUGGAUUCGGAAUAACCCAUCUUCCAAAUGUUCCUGUAAAACCUAUAGAGAUGUCACUUAGAAAACUUUACCAUGACGUGGAAUUCAGCAAGUCUUUGCGACUUUCAUCCCUGAAUGCGCGCUGCACGGCAUCACAAGUGCUCUACCUCACUGCACUGCAGUACGCUCUACUACACGAAACUAAAUUGGCAAUAUUGCGAAGUGCUGGGCUUUGCGAUAUACUCAUGGACAAUGGAGGUCGUAUUUGUUUAUUCGGCAGUGUAGAAAGUGUAAUAGAAGGUCACAUGGCUAUCAAGAGGAUAUUCGUUGAGCAAGGUCUGGGUGAACCGAGGACAAGGCCUCCGUCAGCGCUUGGAGUCGAUUGCGAUUCGAAUAACAACCAGGUCCCAUGUACUCUUGACGACGCAAUGGUGGAGAAGAAGGCAGUAGAUGUCGAUUGGAAUCCCGAUACAUCUCGUCCACCUCCGCCCCUUCCGACAGGGAUAGAUCUUCUACCAUCCGAACAUACCAUUUCCCAUACGUCAACGAGUGGCCGGGGGAAUUCCAUCUACCAGUCAUGUUCCUACAACUCUGUAGCGAAUGGUUCAAGUCGGCUGUCGCCUGAAUCGGAAUCGUCCACACUUUCGACAGCUUUAGCAAUUGAAGACCAGCGUAAAGCUAUUGUCGAAGAGCCUCACCGUAAAAGUAUAAAGUUCUUUGUCAACUUAGCUGAUGCUCCUCGUCUCAUCGGAACCCGUGGAACCAACAAGCGACGUAUUGAACAGGUCACCGGUUGUACAAUUGUGGUGAGUUUUGCUAUUUAA